AGGAACCCACAGCAUAUCAAUGACAAAACAUUGAGAGCAAGUGAUCUCUGGAGGGUGGCCCCUGAGCUCACAGCACCCAAACUGAUUAAUAUGUAAACAAAACCCAUUUUAGUCCACGCGUGUGCUCUUUAAUCGCAGGGACAUACUUGUGAGGAGUCUCGUUUGCAGUGGCUAUACUACUACUACACACAAAGAAUGGGCGUGAGUUGUCCCUCGAAAGGAAAGGGAGCCCAGAGACUCUGGCUGUUUUAGCACCGCAGAUCUGAGCGCUCAGUUCGCAGUCUGCAAGAGAGACGGAGAGAGCACACCAGCAGGGAUGGAUUGCACAGAUAUUAUUUCCAGAUAUGAAGAUUUAUCCUUUUUGUGUCUUAAAUCAUCAGGAUUUACAACAACACUUGUCUGAAUACUCUCCCAAAAAUUAACUAAGAAGGAGGGAGGAGGAGUGGAGUCACAGCCUGGAGAGAGUCUGAGAGGAAAGAAGAGAGAGAAAGAGAGAGAGAGGAAGAAGAAGAAGGGAGUAAGUCUGGACCAGGUGAUCGAGUGCUAACAAACCCUCCAAGGGGCUGCCGGGUUGUAUCAGUGUGCACGCGGGAUCAACCGGUUCCGACCAUGGUGCCCGCGCGCUGCAGCCCGGGACCCUUUGCCACCGUGGCUCUGGUCCUCCUGUUGGGAUGCGAAUUGGCUUACUGCCUCGGCCAGAACGACACGGAGCCCAUCGUGCUGGAAGGGAAGUGUCUGGUGGUGUGCGACUCGAACCCUUCUUCGGACGGAGGGGUCACCUCCUCGCUCGGCAUCUCGGUGCGCUCCGCGGGCGCCAAAGUGGCUUUUUCCGCCGUGCGCGGGACCAACCACGAGCCGUCAGAGAUGAGCAACACGUCUAUGACCAUCUACUUUGACCAGGUUUUAGUGAACAUCGGCAACCAUUUCGAUCUGAAAGCAAGUGUUUUCCUGGCUCCAAGGAGGGGGAUAUAUAGUUUCAGCUUUCACGUGGUGAAGGUCUACAACAGACAAACCAUACAGGUGAACCUGAUGCAGAAUGAUUACCCGGUUAUAUCAGCGUUCGCCGGUGACCAGGACGUGACGAGAGAGGCUGCCAGUAACGGAGUACUGCUGAUGGUUGAACGGGAGGACCGCGUCUCUCUCAAGCUGGAACGAGGCACCUUAAUGGGCGGAUGGAAAUACUCCACCUUCUCAGGCUUUCUAGUCUUUCCUCUAUAAUCUAAAUCUGCGAUGAUGAUGAUUCCACGUCGCACUGGAGACUCUGAGGAACAAAAAGAGAGAAAGAGAGAGAAAAAAAGAAAAAAACCAACAAAAAAAAACAUUUAUUUUCAACUUGUCAGCCAAGGAAGCCGACGAAUAUCUGUAUACUCGUCCACUAUCUAGUCAAAACGUUUCCUUGGAGUUUCCAUAUAUUCAAAAUCCAUCAGUCAACUUUUACGCAAUCUGGAUGAUUAAAAGGUAUUGAUCUUGAUUGGCCAGUGGCGCGCGCGCUUAUUGGGAAUGUGGAUUUUUUUUUUUCUGUUCUUUGCUUGGAAAAACAAACUUUGCCAAACAGACUGUGCAAAAACGGACAAGUGGAGAAGAUGAUGAUGAUGAUGAUGAUGAGUGGAAGAACUGGCGCCCUGGACAAGCCGAGUGUGUUAUGCUCUAUUUUAUGUUUGUAUAGCCUUAAAGAAUAUAUGGUUUACCGUCCAAAAGUGAAGUAUAAUGGGAAUUAUGGACGACCAUGAAGAAGAAGAAGAAGAAGUGCUCUCACGCCCAAAGGCAAUUUUUUUUGCACGAAUGGAAGUUUUUACUUUAUGUUUUUGUGCUGUCAAUGGUGUUGCGUUUGGAUGCUGAACAUAUUGAUAAAAUAAGCCAAAUGUAGUUUACCGCCGACGAGUUUAUUAAAAAGAAAGAGGAAAAAAAAGGCGACAUAUUUCAGCCACCAGGAGACGACGACUUAUUAUUAUUAUAGAGCCCUUUUAUUAUAAAGACUAAUUCUAUAAUUUAUAAAAAGUACAUAUUCACAUUAUUGUGUGUUCUACAUUUCGGAAAUCUGCGUAGCUUUGACUGAUUUAAUGUUCAGUGACGUUUGCUCACCAAAUGUACAUUGUGGAAAUAAUAGAAGAAUCCCUAUAUGUCCCGCUUAAUAAAAGAUAUUGUAUUGUA